GCGGUUCCCGCAGCGCUGACGGUGCCCGGCCCCGCGUCCCGCAGGCUCUAUGGCUCCCAAGGGCGGCCCCGGCGGGCGGCAGCAGUCGGAGGAGGAUUUGCUGCUGCAGGACUUCAGCCGAAACCUCUCGGCCAAAUCCUCGGCGCUCUUCUUCGGCAACGCCUUCAUCGUCUCCGCCAUCCCCAUCUGGCUUUACUGGAGGAUAUGGCACAUGGACCUUGUUCAGUCUGCAGUCCUCUACAGUGUUAUGACCCUCAUCAGUACCUACCUGGUAGCUUUUGCCUACAAGAAUGUCAAGUUUGUCCUCAAGCACAAGGUGGCACAGAAAAGGGAAGACGCUGUUUCCAAGGAGGUGACUCGCAAGCUCUCCGAGGCAGACAACAGGAAGAUGUCUCGGAAGGAGAAGGAUGAAAGGAUUCUGUGGAAGAAAAAUGAAGUUGCAGACUAUGAAGCAACAACUUUCUCCAUCUUCUACAACAAUACUCUCUUCCUGGUCCUGGUCAUCAUUGCUUCCUUCUUUGUGCUGAAGAACUUCAACCCCACUGUGAACUACAUCCUGUCCAUCAGUGCUUCCUCUGGCCUGAUUGCUCUGCUGUCUACAGGCUCCAAGUAGACCCCAAACCCCCACAGCAGUUGGGUUCUGCCAUUCACCAAAGGAGGAGGGACACACAGUGAU